GUGGUUUUCUCAGGACCUUUAACAGAGGGCUGUCCUUCAAUGGGACUGGCUGUCUUCGUCUACAGGAUGAGAAGGAAAGAAAAGAAAUGGAAAAACAGGAGGGGCUGAGUUGGGGGGCUUUUCCAGCCCUUCUACUCUUUCAAUUUAUAGGUCCUCAACACACACACCCCCACACAGGCGGACAGAGCCCAGAAGGCAAAGUCAGGAUGUGACAUCAUCUGCAGGAAGAGAAGCCAAACAACUUUUUCUCUCUUGUCUGUGAGUGAAGUUGGAGCCGCUCGGUCUGGAGAGGGAGAGGAUCCAGAGGAGCUCGAAGGGGGCAGAUCAGCUGGAGCUGUCCUGCAGGGAGUCUAAAGUCCAGGGCUCCGACGCCUGAAUCCUCCCUGAACUUCCCACCACAUUCCUCCGAUGUAGGAUUGAAGCCAGCAAACAACUGCUCCCUGCAAUCUUUACAUGACAGACGCUGACCUCCCGUGACCUGAUUUCCGAGUCUGGUUUCCAUCUCUCAGGAAGGUCCCUCUUUAUCCUCAAAAACUGCUUGUUAUUCUGGAGAGCUCAUUCUCCCCUUAUCUGAGGGGAGUCAAUGGCGUUGUGCCUUGGACAAGUGUUCAGCAAAGACAAGACAUUCAGGCCCAGGAAGAGGUUUGAACCGGGCACCCAGCGCUUUGAACUCCACAAGAAGGCCCAGGCCUCGCUCAAGUCCGGCUUAGACCUGAGGAAAGUGGUCCAGCUGCCAGAGGGAGAGAACAUCAGCGACUGGGUCGCAGUUCAUGUGGUGGAUUUCUUCAACAGGAUCAACCUGAUCUAUGGCACGGUGAGCGAAUACUGCUCCGAGCGCACGUGUCCCAUCAUGUCUGGCGGGCUGAGGUACGAGUACAGGUGGCAGGACGGUGGCGACUACAAGAAACCCACCAAGCUGCCCGCGCUCAAGUACAUGAACCUGCUGAUGGACUGGAUAGAGUCGCUCAUCAAUAAUGAAGACAUCUUCCCCACCAGAGUAGGUGUACCUUUCCCAAAGAACUUCCAGCAGGUGUGCAAGAAGAUCCUGAGCCGUCUCUUCCGGGUGUUUGUGCAUGUUUACAUCCAUCACUUUGACAGCAUCUGCAGCAUGGGCGCAGAGGCCCACAUCAAUACCUGCUACAAGCACUACUACUACUUCAUCUCAGAGUUCAACCUCAUUGAUCACUCUGAACUGGAGCCGCUGAAGGAGAUGACAGAGAAGAUAUGCAACUAAAUAAAACCAAAUGGACAAAAUGAGUUUACAUUUGCACGUUAUCUGAGCCCCGUUAGAAAUCGUCUGCAUCAAAAAAUCUCUAAACAAUGAACAAUUUUACAUAAAGUUGUAUGAGUAGUUUUUAAGCUACUCAGAGUAUCAACUUAAUACCACACUUCUUCACAUGGUGGCCUUGUACCAAGAGAUUUUUACUUACAGUAAUGUGGUGUUUGAUGACAUUAUUUUAGGACUUUGUGUUUUGGUUUAUAAUACAUUUCAUGUACUAAUUUUGUUUCCGUCCUGUGCAUGUAUGUUAAUGUUUCGCCUUUUUAAAUACAGUGUUGGAUCUUGUUUUGUUGAAUGAAUGUUUGUAUUUUAUGUGAUGUCUUUUAAAUACUUUGAACAUAAAGCAGCCUAAAAACAGUA